AUGCUGCCGUUCCGGAACUUGGAGGAAGUAGCGGCGAGUCUGGGGAGGCCCCUCACUCCGGCCGAGACCCUCUGGUUCAGAUACUCCGCCACCAUGCCCGACUUCCAGAUUUACACCCACUCCUUCUUCCUGUUGCUCUGCCUCUUCUCCCUCGGCCCUCUCCCUCUGGUCCUCAUGGAGGCGAUGGGGGUAAGCGUUCUGUGCAGGUUCAAGAUACAGCCCAAUGUGAGGGUGCCCUUCUCCAGCGUGGUGCAAUGUUACAGGGACGUGGUGGCUGUCCUCCUUCUCGUCGUCGCUCCCCUGCAGUUGACGUCCUACCCCUUGUUGAAGUGGUCGGGGAUUCGAACGGGCCUGCCAUUGCCGUCGCUUUGGGAAACUGGCGCACAGCUUGUGGUUUACUUCCUGGUGGAAGACUACGGGAACUACUGGAUUCACAGGUGGAUGCACUACUGGCCGUGGGCCUACGACAAGAUCCACCGCGUCCACCACGAGUUCACCGCCCCCUUAGGCUUCUCCGCGAGUUACGCCCACUGGGCGGAGGUUCUGGUGCUGGGGUUGCCGACGAUCGCCGGUCCGGUCAUCGUCCCCUGCCAUGUCCUCACUUUGUGCGCCUGGAUCGCUCUGCGCCAGAUGGAAGCCAUCGAGACGCACAGUGGAUAUGAUUUCCCCGGGAGUCCCACCAAAUUGAUUCCAUUCUAUGGAGGCGCAGAAUACCACGAUUACCAUCACUUUGUGGGAAAGAGCCAAAGCAAUUUUGCUUCUGUUUUCACAUACUGUGACUACAUUUAUGGAACUGAUAAGGGUUAUCGGUAUCAGAAAGCAUCCUUAGCCAAGCUGAGGCCUCUAAAUAGUUCUGUUUAUAAGGCUGUUCAUAGCUACUAG